AUGGGCCGCUACAUUGAAUACCAAGUUAUCGGCCGUAAACUCCCCACUGCGGCUGAGGAGACCCCCAAGCUGUACCGCAUGAGGAUCUUUGCUCCCAAUGAGGUCGUAGCCAAGUCCCGCUUCUGGUACUACCUUCGCCAAUUGAAAAAGGUCAAGAAGGCCACUGGAGAGAUUGUCUCUGUCAACAAGAUCUCCGAAAAGUCGCCGUUGAGGAUCAAGAACUUUGGUGUCUGGCUCCGCUACGAUUCUCGCUCUGGUACCCACAACAUGUACAAAGAGUUCCGUGAAUUGUCGCGCGCCGACGCAGUACACGCAUUGUACCAAGACAUGGCGGCCCGCCACCGUGCCCGAUUCCGGUCGAUCCAGAUCUUGCGCGUGCAGGAGAUCACCAAGGCGUCGGACAUCCGUCGUGCAUACAUCAAGCAGCUCGCAGAACCCAAGCUCAGGUUCCCCUUGCCUCAUCGGGUGUUCAAAGCCAGGAGCAAGUUUGUUGCCAACAGGCCCGCGACUUUCUAA